UUGUUUGUCCAGUUCAAAGCUACUGCACCGAACUCUAAUUAGAGAAAAGCUACAAUCACCUUACAGUUAUUGGUCUAAGUAAUUACUUCCAAUCAUAAAGGAGACACGUAGUAUAUUAUUAGAGGAUACAUGGUAAACUUAGAUGUUGACUGUGAUAAAAGAAUCAUCACAGACAGACAGAACGAAGGUCGAAGCACUCACAAUCUAUAUUAAGUAGCCUUCAUGGUUAUAGUGGUUUGCUUGAGGUACUUGAACUUCCCUGAAUAGCUAGGGUUUUGCUUCUUCAGGCCUUUUGUGGUGUUUGAGACCAGCAGCAAAUAAAUAUUAUAGACUGCAAAACAUGGGGAAGAAACUGGAUGCUCUUUUUGGAAGGAAAUUAAGGACCUCUAAAUUCAGUUCUCUAGCUAAACUAGCAGUUUCUAGGAUUGCUAUCCUCAAGAACAAGGCACAGGUCAGGUUUUCCCAUGCAAGGUCUGAUGUAAUUCAGCUCCUUAACCUUGGACACCAAGAACGAGCUCUCCUUAUGGUUGAGCAUGUCAUCAAGGAUCAGAAUAUGGUGGAUGCUUUUGUUAUGAUGGAGGAUUACUUACAUUUCCUGAAUGAUAGAGUUGUUCUACUUGAAACAAGCAGAGAGUGUCCUGAUGAGCUCAAGGAGGCAGUAUCGAGCUUGAUCUUUGCAUCUUCAAGAUGUGGUGAAUUUCCAGAGUUGCAAGAGAUUCGUGGGGUUUUCGUAUCAAGAUUUGGAAAAGAAAUCGCUGCUUGUGCUGUCGAAUUGCGCAGCAACUGUGGAGUGAAUCCCAAGAUUAUACUAAAGUUUUCUGCAAGACAAGCAAGCUUGGAAAGCAGAAAGAAACUGCUAAAGGACAUCGCAUCUGAUAAUGGUAUCGUUCUGCAUUUGGAGGAAGAUGCUCCAGUGGUUGCACAGGAAAAAAUGGAUGUCAGCCAGCCGAAGCAGCAGGAGCAGCAUGUAGAAGAUUUUAAAUCAGCCAAGUUAGAUGUUACUGAGUCCCAAGCCAGAACACACGUUUUGCCUGAGGAGGAGCUGUCUGAAUCACUGAAAGGAAGGAAGAAGUACAAAGAUGUAGCUGCUGCAGCUCUAGAGGCUUUUGAAUCAGCAGCUUAUGCAGCACAAGCUGCAAGAGCUGCUGUUGAACUCUCAAGAUAUGAUUCUCAGGACAUUGAACGGGAUGAUCCUGGCGAUUCUAGUCAUGGAAAAGGAACUCUGUAUGAUUCCGAUGGGUCAUUGACACCUGAACUUCAAGGCAGAUAUGAAGCUUCAGAGGAGAACAAGCAAGCUGCAAGAGCUGCUGUUGAACUCUCAAGAUAUGAUUCUCAGGACAUUGAACGGGAUGAUCAUGGCGAUUCUAGUCAUGGACAAGGGACUCUGUAUGAUUCCGAUGGGUCAUUGACACCUGAACUUCAAGGCAGAUAUGAAGCUUCAGAUGAGAACAAGCAAGCUGCAAGAGCUGCUGUUAAACUCUCAAGAUAUGAUUCUCAGGACAUUGAAUGGGAUGAUCAUGGUGAUUCUAGUCAUGGACAAGGGACUCUGUAUGAUUCCGAUGGGUCAUUGACACCUGAACUUCAAGGCAGAUAUGAAGCUUCAGAGGAGAACAAGCUAUCAAAUGAUAGUUUGGUAUUUAACGAAAUAUACACGAUUGACAAUAUCAGUUCUGAAUCAGAAGAUGAAAACAUGAAAGGAAACGGAAGAGUGCAUCUUGAGUUUGAAGAGAGCAAAACAAAACCUGGAUUUGAUAGGACACCAUCUAAUUCAAGUUCAGAUUCCGACGGGAACAUGUGGAAUGAGAGAUAUCAACUUUCAGAUUCACUCUCCCACAAUAAGCCAGUAGGUAACGAGGUGGUUUCAUAUUUGGUUGACAAGAAGGCUGAGAGGGAACAAGUGAGCAUUCCAUCACCAAAGCACCAUGACUUGGACUUGUACAGAAAUACUAAUUUACUUGCAGAUGAAAACCAACACAUCAGAGAGUAUAAUGCAGUUCAUGACGAAGAUGUCUCUUAUGAGGAUGAAAAUAAGCUUCCAUACCAAUCUCCAAAGUGGAUUCCACUCAAAUCUCAUGCCGAUGCCAUGAUAAAUCCCAAAAAAGGAAACUAUGAGUACAAAACCGCACACUCCACAACUUCUGCUGAGAAUUUAAGUACAAGUUCAAACAUAGACAGGAAGCGUUUAUCAGUGAGGACCAGAAGAGCAAGGGGGGCCUGAAAAGAAUAAGUGAAAAGCACCAAAAUUUUGUUUCCUUGGUUCCAUUCAGUUUUUGCUAAGCCAUAUGUAUAGGAUUUCAUAAUUUUAUUUCUUCAUAUUUUGUUUCAUAAAUAAUUGGCGGUUUGCACAUUCAAUAUGAAGUAAUAGAUAAGAAAAAUAUUCUUUCCUCU